CUCAAAUUUGUUUUAACAGGAAGUUGAGCUGUUGCAACUGUUUCAGACAAAUGAGGAGUGUAGAGGUGCUGUGGUGUUUGGAGGAGGGACUCCUUCAGUUACAGAAGUGAGGCGUCACAAGUUCCUGGUUUCCAGUGAAGAAGAAGAGAGGCAGCAGUGAACCAUCAGAGCCUCAUCAUGAAAGUCCGUCACACUCUGAUCUGCUUCUUCUUCCUUUCAGCUCUGCAGGACGGACACACAAAGGUCACCAGUGCACAGAUGCAUUUUUAUGGACUCGCUGAACGAAGCAUCACGAUUGAGAGCCACUUUUCUUCUUCUAAGAAGUGGAAGAUCUUCUGCAAAGAAAAAUGUGAAGAAGGAAAUAUUUUAAUUGAAACGCAGCUCAACAGUAAUCAACAUGGCAGAUACAGCACUGAAUAUAGAUAUGAAUAUAAAUAUAUUUUCUCUGUAAGCAUCAGAAGGCUCAUCAAGUCUGACUCAGGACGGUACACCUGUGGUCUGGGACGAUAUCCAUCUUCAUACCAGUUCAUACAUUUUGGAAUUGUUGUUGCUGAAGCACUGCUGGAUGGAAACGAUGAUCAGCUGAAACACUUCGAUAAAGAAACUGGAAGCUCUCUCACAGUCGGAUGUUCCUUUGAACACUCUGCAAGGAGGAAGUACUUCUGCAGGGGAGAAUGUGAAAGAGAUGGGAUUUUAAUCGAGACUCAGGGGGCCAGAGCUCAGAGAGACAGAUACAGCGCUGAAUAUGAAGAAGAAUCUGGUACAAGUGGUAUUCUGUAUGUGACCAUUAAACAGCUGAGGGAGUCUGACUCAGGACGGUACAGAUGUUACCUGGACACAUCCUUUAGUACUGAUCCAUACAGAGAGUUUGAGAUUACUGUCACAGAAGUCCUCCCAUCAGCCUCCACAACUUUCACUGGAACCACUGAGCAGUCUGAGAGGACAGCAUCUACAGAUGUGCUGCUGGUUGUGGGUCUGACUCUGGCUCUCAUCAUCAUCCUGUUAUCAGUGUCAGUGCUGAUAUUCUGCAAGAACAGAUCCUCUAAACCAAAGGAUCCUCCUGUGGGAACUGAACACGCUGCUGUCACAGAGACCAACACAGUGUAUGAGAAUAUCAGAGCAGAGGGCAGACACAGCAGAUCUCCUCCUGACUCUCAUGCCAAAUACACCAAACCAACCAAUGAUGACCACAGCUUGGUCGCUGCAGCCGCUUCUCAGCACAAAACUGGAGACGACUCGAGCAAACUCACCUACUCCGUGGUGACUUUUUCCAAGAAGAGCAGUGACUCUGCCAACAGCACGUCCCGCAGUAACACCAGUGACGUUAUCUACUCCGAGCCUCGGGUUAACGCGAGCCACUCCGGAGGUGAUCCGUUGUACUCUACUAUAGCCUAGCUUUAGCUCCUGGGACAGGACAGGUAAUGUUUGUCAUGCUGUUGCACACACAGCACGCUCCUUUGUUUCAGUUCGUCAGUUGCCACAAGACAACUGACCAUCAUGUGCAUCAUAACCUAAGACUGCUCGGUGCUAUAGAGUACACGCUGUACAUCAUACUUCAUCGUUUUGCUGCAUCAGUCUGCCGCUCUGAGUUAAUUUGUGUUUAAGGGUUAGGGUUAUGAUAACAUGCACGAACUGUAUCUUUCUUCCACCUCGUGUCUCUAUUGUUGUUUAAGACGUGUUUUUUAGGGACUUACAUGAUUAAACAAUUUCUAAACAAUGAUAUCUUUUGUAGUUUGGAGGCUAAACAGGCCAAAUACAUGAAUAUGUUCUCAGUGGUAGUCGAGCAUCACUUCAGUGAGUAUGUAACAGAAAGAGGAAGCAGCUGCUGGUUCUCUAAAUCUAUUUGACACAACAUUCAGUGAAGUGAUUAAAAAGAGGAAGUAAGAGCUAGUUACUGUAAACAAGCAGCCACACAUGGGUGGACCUCCUUUACUUCAAGAAGGACUCAGGUUUUCUGUCUUUGUGAGGUUGUUUUAACCUUUUCAUUUGUAUCAUGAGUAACCUUUGCAGCAUUUUUAUUUGCAUUUGGUCACACUCCGAUUUUAUUUAUCCACUGUCUGCCUGAUGAUGCUUGUUUGAGUUGUUUCUGCUCUAAUCUGAGUCCCUUAAGAAUAUUUUCAAAAACAAAACAUGAAGAAGAAACUGCACAGGUGCAGAAGUUCACGUUGCAAUACGAGGAAGUCAAAAUCGUAUGCAGGUUUAUGUUUUUACAGCACUUUGAAUAGAAUAGAAUAGAAUAGAAUAGAA